AUGGACGAGGCGGCGAUCGACGACUUGAUCCGGCGGCUCCUCGAGGCCCGCGGCGGGCGCACCCCGCGCAACGCGCAGGUGACCGACGCCGAGAUCCGGCGCCUCUGCGCCGCUGCCAAGGAUGUGUUCCUCCAACAACCCAACCUCCUGGAGCUCGAGGCCCCCAUCAAGAUAUGCGGGGAUGUCCAUGGACAAUAUUCAGAUCUUCUUCGAUUAUUUGAGUAUGGUGGCUAUCCACCAGACGCAAAUUAUCUGUUCUUGGGUGACUAUGUUGAUCGGGGGAAACAGAGCAUAGAAACAAUAUGCCUUCUCUUGGCGUACAAGUUAAAGUACCCAGAAAACUUCUUCCUCCUCAGGGGAAACCAUGAAUGCGCCUCGAUCAACCGGAUAUACGGGUUCUUUGAUGAGUGUAAGAGGAGAUUCAAUGUCCGUAUCUGGAAGAUAUUCACUGAGUGCUUUAACUGCCUCCCUGUGGCUGCGCUUAUUGAUGAUAAGAUCUUUUGCAUGCAUGGGGGGUUGUCUCCUGAACUUAAGAACAUGGAUCAGAUACGUAACAUUUCUCGUCCUGUGGAUGUUCCUGACGUUGGUCUCCUUUGUGAUUUGCUAUGGUCGGACCCUGAGAAAGAGUUUGAUGGGUGGGGUGAGAACGACAGGGGUGUUUCCUACACCUUUGGAGCUGACAUAGUUGCCGAGUUUCUUCAGAAACAUGAUCUGGAUUUGAUCUGCAGGGCCCACCAGGUUGUGGAGGAUGGGUAUGAAUUUUUUGCAAACCGCCAGCUUGUAACAAUAUUCUCAGCACCAAAUUACUGUGGAGAGUUUGACAAUGCUGGUGCACUGAUGAGCAUUGAUGACUCCCUAGUAUGUUCGUUCCAGAUCCUCAAGCCUUCAGAAAAGAAAGGAAAAGCAGGAACUUCCAACAUGUCAAAGCCCGGAACACCUCCCAGGAAGAUAAAAAUAAGUGUUACCCGAAUUUAG